ACAGUUGAAGGCAUAAUGCACUUUAUCCCUCAUGGGCAUACUAGAUGGAAGUACUGUGAAAUACCAAACAGACCUCUUCUUUUUGAUGAAUGCUACAAAAAGGCUUGGUCUGCACCUACUUUGCUGCUACACCCCCUAACCAAGAUGAAACAAAAAGAUGAUCUGAACCCCGUGCUACUGCUCCUUUUCCACCUCAUGGUGUGGAUUUACUCCUUCUUCGUCUUCAUUCCCUACUACAUUUUCACUUGGGUCUCCAGACCUGAAGGGGUCCUUUAUGGAUCAGAGCAGGAGCGUGCAAUGAGAGCAAAGGCUCACUCAGUGCUAGGACGACCUGAGGGACCUUAUCGAGCAGUGAAAGCCACCAAGGGACUUGUAAGAACGCUGUACCCGGGACUGGACACCCUAGCGAAGAUUUUUGAGUAUGCCGCCAUGAGAUUCCCCCACAGAGAUUGUCUCGGUACAAGAGAGGUGAUCAGUGAGGAAGAUGAGCAGCAGACCAACGGCAAGAAGUUCAAGAAGGUUGUUCUAGGGGAGUACCACUGGCUGUCCUAUAGGGAGACCCUCUCUGCAGCAUGCCAGUUUGGCUUUGGUCUGGCAUCACUGGGGCAGAAGCCGAAACACAACAUUGCCAUAUUCUGUGAGACACGAGCCGAAUGGAUGAUCGCCGCUUUGGCCUGCUUCAUGCACAAUUACCCACUGGCUACUUUCUAUUCGACACUGGGGGGUCCAGCCAUUGCUCAUGGAUUGAAUGAGACAGACGUUACGCACAUUAUUAGCAGCCGGGAGCUCCUGGAGACCAGACUCAAGGCUAUUCUAGCUAAAGUUCCAAAGCUGCAGUGCAUCAUAGUGGUGGACAACACUCCAACCUCAUGGCCAGGCUUUCCCAGUGGCAUUAGUAUCCACAACAUGGCCGAGGUGCAGAUGCUGGGCAUCAGACCAAAAAAUGAAAUUUCUGAGCAAAAUCAGCCUCUAGCUUCUGACAUUGCAGUCAUCAUGUAUACAAGUGGAUCCACAGGUACUCCCAAAGGUGCCCUGAUCUCUCAUAGCAACAUUAUCGCUGCCUUCACAGGAGUGGCCGAACGGAUACCUAACUUGAGUGAGAAAGACACUUACGUUGGCUACCUUCCCCUGGCCCAUGUACUGGAGCUGAGUGCUGAGCUUGUGUGCAUUUCUCACGGUUGUAGGAUUGGCUAUUCUUCACCUCAAACUCUCUCUGACCAGUCAACUAAGAUUAAGAAAGGCACCAAAGGAGAUGUCAGUGUCCUGCAGCCCACUCUGAUGGCAGCUGUCCCUGAGAUCAUGGAUCGCAUUUAUAAGAAUGUGAUGGCCAAGGUUGAGGAGAUGAACUUUUUCCAGCAAACACUCUUCACUCUUGCCUACAACUAUAAAUUGGAUCAGCUCAGCAAAGGUUACGGCACGCCUCUGUGUGACAAAUUGGUCUUCAGUAAAGUUUGUGCUCUUCUCGGAGGCCAUUUACGAGUGUUAUUUUCGGGUGGAGCCCCGCUCUCCACUGCCACCCAACGCUUUAUGAAUGUAUGUUUCUGCUGCCCUGUGGGUCAGGGAUACGGCCUGACAGAGACCUGUGGCGCUGGAACAGUUAGUGAGGUGUGGGAUUACAGCUCUGGGCGAGUGGGAGGACCGCUAGUGUGCUGUGAGAUCAAGCUGAAAGACUGGGUAGAGGCGGGCUACCUUCACACUGACAAGCCGCACCCACGAGGAGAGAUUCUAAUUGGUGGACCCAACGUAACUAUGGGAUAUUACAAGAACCGUGCGGAAAAUCAAAGUGAUUUUUUUGUUGACGAGAGUGGUCAACGCUGGUUCUGCACUGGAGACAUUGGGGAGUUUCAUGAAGAUGGAUGCCUCAAGAUCAUUGAUCGUAAGAAAGACCUUGUGAAGCUACAAGGAGGAGAGUACGUCUCCCUGGGAAAGGUGGAAGCUGUAUUGAAGAAUUGCCCUCUGGUUGACAACAUCUGUACCUAUGCCAAAAGUGACGAGACGUACGCUAUCGCCUUUAUGGUGCCAAAUGAGAAGCAGCUGCAAGCUCUGGCUGAUCAAUAUGGCAUCAGUGGCUCAAGGGAGGAGCUUUGCAACAACAAGGUCAUGGAAGAGCUGGUGCUCAAGGUCAUCAAUGAGGCCGCUAUAGCAGCCCAACUGGAACGCUUUGAGAUCCCCCGCAAGAUCCAUCUGAGUCCAGACAUGUGGACUCCUGAGACAGGACUAGUAACUGACGCAUUCAAGCUCAAACGAAAGGAGCUGGAAAUCCAUUACCGGAAUGAGAUUGCAAAGAUGUACAAUGGGAAAUGAUGACAUGGACAAUGACAGUCCACAAACAAAGCAGACAUGUACAAAGUUCUCAAACUUGUGGGUUGUGUUUUCCCUUUGGACUGUUACCCAGCUCCACGUUGGUUGUUUCUACUUGAAUUUGUAGCUGAACCAAAGUAGAAUGAUUGCAUAGUACUGGAUACGUGAAGUUUGCAGGAAGUGCAAUCGAUGUGUCUGCUGCUGCCUUUUCUUCUCUUGUCCAUGUGUAUGACCCCUGUCUCAAGUGGUUUAUUGUUCCAGAUGGAACUUAUGAAACAGACUGCUGUGUUUAGCUGUUUUCUGUUCAACUUGCCUGAGUUCACAGCAAGAAGCUUUGGAUUGCACUUGAUUGCACACUGUUUACUUUCUUUGUUUACUUUUGUCGCAGAAUUGUUUCUUUAUUCGUAAUCUUAAGGAUAAUUAUACUUUUAUCUGUCCUGCAGGUCAGGAGACACUUGGCUCUUUUGUUCUUUUGGCCUGAACAUUGAUUUGAUAUGUUGAAAUUUGAUUAUUCUAUUAUUGUCAACCAGUAUGGUAUGUAGUAUGUUAAUUUCAAAAUCACAGAAUAAUUUCACAUUUUAAUUGAGUAUUUUGUCAACUUUUAAUAGCACAUUUUUAUCUGUGUGUAUGAAGUACCCAGAUUUGCCCUGAAUGGGAUUAUUUUAACGUUGGAAACGGACUGUUGUUUAGUUUGCGCAGCUGCUGUACAAUAACACUGCGUACUUUCCAAUGUGCUGAACACACACUCCAGAAAUCAUUUAUUUAUGUAUUUUACAGUAGUCUGUAAAGCGUCAUUUUGAUGAACAGGGCAAACUUAAAAAUGUCUGAUCACUAAGCAAGAAAGGCAGUUGAUUACAAAAAAUGUUGAAACACCAAUAACAAGCUAAGGACAGUUGAGACUUAAACUUAACCAGCACAUGCAGGGAACAUGAUAGUUUCAUUUUUGGGGGGUGUUUUCUUUGUGUGUCUGAUCCAGGGUGAAAUAAAAUGAGUUAAGAAGACUACGCAGCACGAUAUGCCAUUGUAAAUGGAGACGGUGCCUUCUAGAAUGAUCUGUAUUUUGUCAUGUGGUGGAAAGUGAAUUGGGACAAAAUAAGCAAUGAUACACAACAUAAGACUUAACUUGAUUAUUUAACUUUCCUGAUUUUACACUUUGUAGCUUCUAGAGCCUUUCGAAGCUGGAUUAUAGCUCUUUCCUGUCAUGUAAAUGAACCGGGGGCGGGGGGAGUCACUGGAGAAUAUCAUUUUUUUUGAUGGAACCAGGCUGGGUACGCUGGCAGACGUCCACAGUCCAGAAGCAUGUAUCUUUGGUUCACUGAAGAAAUUCAAUUGUAUUACGUGAGUUAUUGCCUUGUGUUUCAUUGAAAAGAAUAAACACUGCGGUUUAAUUGA